AUGCGCCCGACGGCCGCGCGACCAAAUCGAUCGUCCGCACAUUAUCUCAAGUCAUCCGCGAUCCCAAGUCCAUCGGCAACGUCGUCCAUUUAUCAUCAACAGCAGCAGCAGCAGCAGCAGCAAAUUCUGUAUGCUCCCGUCAGUGGCCCAAUGGUGACUCUUCAACCGUGUGGAACAGCGCUUCAUCCUUCGUGCGUUUAUCCGAACGUUCAGUCUCACGUUGUUUCAUCGAAUUCCGCCCAUUUACAUCUCCAAGGUAAAAAUAAUCGAUGGCACACCAAGAACAAGCCGUCCCGCGGUCAGCAAUACUAUCAACAGCAGCAACAGCAACUCUCAUACAAUCCAAAGCCCAUGGUACUUUUUGACCAACCGUCCACCAGCGUCGCAUCAAUCCCUCCGUCGACCACGUCCUUCCUAGUAGCCUCAUCUACGUUCACCCAUGCUGGACCACUGCACAGCGAGCAUUACAGUAACAAUUCUGGAGUGACGCACCUGUUACCGCAGCCCUUCAACUUGAAGCCGCCGGAUGUGCAGACCCUCUGCCUCAUCCAAGACCGGCGAAACAUCCAGCAACAACAGCAGCAGCAGCAACAGCAUCCGUUGCAGAGUUGCAGUUCAUACUACAAUAUCUCGGCCACAAACACCUGCAGUCUACAAACCGUCAACGCAAACUCAUCUUUCCCACUUACCAGCCUCAAUCCUUAUUCCAGCCUAGCUGGCUUCAACAACAAUCAAUUCCCAGUAACAGUGCAGUCCUCCCCGUUUCUCUCGAAUCCGCCCGUUGGUUUAGUCCUCGCGCCGUCGCGAGGAGACAAGCCUACGUCCACGUUAGAUUUCGCGUCGUUGAAGCACAAAGCGGACAAGGCAUCGAGCGCCCGCGAGUCCCAAGUCGUUCCAGUCGGUCAUGGCGAAAAUUGCUGGCCCUCCCAGAUCGAAUUCUCCAAAAACGACGGGCAAACUGUUGCAGGGAAGAACAGGAGCCUCGAGUCUGACACGCGCACUUUGCAGAAAUCUCUCUCCGUCAUCGCGAGGACGGACGAGGAGCAUUACUCCGACGAGUCUUCCAGCUUCGACUUCACCAUCGAGGCCGAGAAAAUGGUCUCCGCCCUGUGCAACACCACCUCUUCGAACGAUCUAGGCAAGGAGGAAUCGAAGCCCGGCAACAAGACCGAUACCACGACGUUGUUCAAUGGCGCGGGCGACAACAAAGCGAACUGGUUCGCCGAUUUUUGCUUUGAGUACGAGAACGGAACGUCGAUAGGCGUCCAAACGGACAGCCCGUGCGUCGAUAGAUCGCAGUAUCCAGAACUGAUCAGGAAUACAGCUUACUGGGGAUGCACGCAGGCUGAGAUUGUUCUCGAUACCGACGACUCGCAGACGGACUCCAAACGGAGCUGGUUAACGUGUCUGCUGUCUGCCACCAGGACGGCAAUCACGAAAUCCUCGACUUGCAUUCCGGUCUUUGCAGGGGACCAGGUCUUUGUCGACGAUCUGAUAAAUGCCCUCCUGCGCAUCAGCAACGGUUGGCUGAGCCUCGACAAUUACCUGAACAAACAGCAUUUCCCCAAUUUACUGGACAGACUAGAUCCCGAGUUAAUCGCACACUUUCAGACAUGGGAAGAAAGCACAUGCGAGUUACUGAAGCAAAUAGUACGAACGUUCCAGAAGUUCGGAGAGAGCAAAGAAGUGACAGAUCAGAAACGCAACGUGACGUCGUCGUUUCCGGGCGACGUGUCGCUUUAUACAACCCACGAUCUCUUCGUUCCGUUGCCGUCGACUUCCUUCCCUCGACAAAAUGCGACUGGAAACGCCUCCUCGCUGGAGAAACCACGCAGCGCGACGUUGACGUCGUUGCCAGCGAGCAGCCUGCGUAACUUUCAAUGCAGCUCCAACUGUCAACAGGAGCAGCAAUCGAUGAAUCCGAAGGAGAGCAAGUUGCGGAGCAAGUGGACGCUUACCGAAAAUUUGUCGUCUGCGAUCAACACCUCGAAGUCCGUGCCGAACGUUUCCGUUUGCCACACCGACGUCAGCGGUCUGACAAGUCACAAACUUCGUACAAAAGACGCAUCGUCGUCCAGGAAGUUCGAUCUCACUCAGAAAUCGCUGAACGCCGAGUUCUGUCAGCUGCGGAACAAAGUGAUGGAGAGCAGCGCAGACGCGACGAAGGACAGAAGACACGAUUACACGCCGGGAGAUAAACUUACGGCACUGCUUGACAGCACCGAAUCCAUCCGGCUGCAGCAGCCAGCGAUGAACGCUCCUAUGAGCUACAGUGGAUUAUACGCGCGGAACUGCCUGUCCUUCGCGUUUCCCUUGUCCAAUCACCCGGACUCUUCGUAUUCCACGUCCAAUCCGGGGAUCCCGACGUACGGCUAUCCUUUUUCAGGGUCUUAUCCCGGUACCGACAUUAAUUCGAGAUGCAGCAGGAGCUCCGAGAUUUAUGGAGCUAAAGACACGAACGUCAAUCCGGUUUACGUCGGCAGAUCGCGGACGGAUCAACUAGAACUCCCGGCUGUACCCAGAAACAAGAUGACUCUCCUCAGUCAAAUCGAGCCGCGGACACUCGACAAGGAGUCCGAGGAAAUGGCGGCCAAUCUGUCGGCCUGGUUCGCCAGUAUGCGAAACGCGCAGCCCCCGACGACCGCGCCGACCUUCGAGGAGCCGAGGGCGAGCGAGAGCUCGGCGCCGCGAUUGUUCGCUCAGGAGGCACCCAAGUACUCGACGGUCAUUGCCAAGCAGCCGCAGCUCGACGCGAAUCGGCAGUUCCAGGCGCUGCAGAAUCUGCCGAAUAUCCAGAGCACGCCCUGGGUCGCCGGCAGCUUCGUCGGCAAUCGUGUGGUCCGCAUGCAACAAGCGCCCGAAGAGUACGACAGCUCCGAGGACGUGCGGGUGUACAUGAAGCCGGGCAGCUACAACGUGCCGAAAAAGAGACACCAGAGAAGAUCCAAUCGUCGAUCGAGCAACAACGCGACGUCCCGCAACGUACACGCGGGCAGUCGCCACAACGUGUGCGGUAACAAUGGGAAAGGAGUACCGGUACCGGCAUCAUCGACGCCUCUACCUCACUCGAGCACGCCAGUCUUGUCGACCGUGAGCAACGCCACGCUGAUAAAGACCUCGUUCCCGCCGGCCUCGCAGCUGCCCGUGCCUCUGUUCAGCCUCGAGAACUCACCUAGGAUCCUGAAGCGUACGGAAUCCCUGUCGCGGGAAGCGCGCCAGGACGUCACCUGGAAAGCAGCAUGCGCCUCAGCCGAGAUUCUUCUCGAGGCCCUCAACGUAAAGGAUUGCGUCGGUACAUGCAGAAACGUCGAGUGCAACGACACCGAGAGGGAAGAUAAGAAUGAAGACGACGUUGAAGCGAUCGCGUCGCAGCGGAACGAGCUGAAAUCGAUGAACGGCAACGUUGACUGUGCGUCUUCCUACGAGGCCUCGGAGGAUGACUCGGGAUCCACGUGCAGACUAUCACCUAGCACGAGCGUAGUAUCCCAGUCGCGCGAGGAUGAGAAUGCAUGUUCAACAGCUCUCGACAUCAAGACCAACGUGAGAACGGAUUCCUGGCUGAUCAGGACUCUCAAUAACGCGAGUACCGUCGUCAAGCGACGCGAGGACGACGUCGACCGACGGAGCUUGGGGUCCUCGAAUAGCUCGGAAAUUGUUGACGUAAAACCGGAUCAGCUCGCGUCGACCGCGGAUGUUACGUCAACUGCAGAUACAAAGACUCGCGCGACGAUCAUCGAGAGCGAGUAUCCAGCGAUCUUUCCUCGUGAGCACGUGUCUGAUUCUUUCGAGAAGAACGGCGAAACGUCGACGAGAGAGUCGGAAGGUCACGUCGGAAGAGCCACGUAUUCUGAAACGGUACGAAGAUCUAUGAAAAUGAGCAGCUUGCACCUGGAGAAGAAAGAGCCGCUCAAGUCGUGCGCGACCAAUUCAUCGGUGACCGUAAUACCAAUUCCUGGCCGCAAGUGUCAGAGGAAAGACCCCGAGCAAUCCUAUCAGCUUCUGCACAGAUCGCGAAAAUCGGCCGACAAGACAACAAUGAGAAAUACGGACGGCACCAACGAGCUCCAGCUGGAGGAGGGAUCGUGCGCGAAAGUCGGUGACGUCAGGCCGAACAGUGUAGCGCCGAAGUCGUCAACUGCCACGAAAACGAAUCACGGCAAGAAGAAGGAUCUGGAGCACUCGGAAGGCAAGUGCGCCGGCAAAUCGGGCGAGCGUGGCUGGUCGGUGUGGUGCAGUUCCAAGAGGAAACAGAACCUCAGCCCCCUGACGUUUAACAAGCUGGAGACGAUUCAUCGAACUAUCUGGCACAUGGACGAGGGGAAGAUCCUAAAGUAUCCACUCUCGUGCGACAGUAAGAAUGGCCAGUCCUCAUCGGCGUUAAUGAUGGAAGAUUACUGCAAGGUUGUUAAGAGUCCGAUGUUUCUCGAGAUUGUCGAGUACAAGUUGAAGAACCGGAUUUACCAUAAAGUCGAACACGCUGUGAAAGAUUUCCGUCGUAUUAUCAACAGUGCGAGACUAUAUCAUCAGCACGACGACGAACGAACGAGGAAGAUUGAGGCGCUCUCGAAGAAAUUGGAAGAGUUACUCGAGGAACAUUUCGGCAAUUUGGACUCUGACCAGAUUACCGGCAGUCCGAGGGAAGACUCCUCGACGCAGCUGCGAUUUAAGACAUCCGGACAGAAAUCGAUCGCGGGACGCUGCGAUAACACGAAGAAAGGUGUCUCCUCGUCGAUCAUCGUGGAGGAUUCCUCGCUCCACUGACCGUCACUUCUCGCCGAAACGAAAACUCCAAAUCGGACUAUCGCGUCGAAACUGUUAGCGAAACUAAAACGUUCCUUACAAGGGCAUUGCGCGCGAUAGCUUCUUCUAGCCACGAGCCGUUUUGUCUCGUAGACGUUUUCUUUUCUCUCUUCCCGGAGAUCGCUGGCUCGUAAACCACUCGUUGAAUUUUUCCGUCUUACGAGGACGGGGCUCGGGACGAUUUUGUUAAUUGUGAAAAGUGUGCACACGUGUGUUCCGCUGACAACAAUUCCAAUUUCGUGACGAUUUCUUACAAUUAGCGAGAAAGGAAACACUGUAUUAAAUAUGCGAACGAUCAUCGGACAAUAUCGAACUUGUUUCUGUACGAAAAGGAAAAAGUAGUAUCACGAUAGCGAAGUAUCGGCGAUAUAUAAUGUAAUUUCCGCGUUCAUUGUUACGGCUAUUACUUAUGAAACAUUUCGAUCUUUUAGCUUCGACGCUCCUGUUGAGGUAUCGUUAGAUCAGAGUGAUAUGAAUCAUGAAAUAUAUUACGCUGGCCAGUCUAAAUAUUGCUGUUCCGUUCUGAGUCUUGCUAGCAGCUUAGCGAAGCAAGUGCAAAAAGCACCGAAAGUAUUGUAUGCCCUGGUGAAAAUUUUUCUUAGAAUUUUUUCAUUAUUUAUAAAAACUUUCAGAUUUUUUAUACAAAUUGGAACACUCUUCCGAAGUACCGAGUUUAUAUCUUCUAUAAUUUUUCGUAUGUAUAAAUUUUGAAGUAUUCUGCAAUUUCUCAUUAUACAAUUUGAAACAUUUGCAUCUCAAAAUAUUUACAUGCAUGAAAAAUUCUAAGAAAAGAAGAUUUUCUCAGUAUUUCUGAAGAGUG